UCUGACGCCCCGCUCGUCUGGUUUACACUCAGCAAUGGAGAAGUUAUGCGGUGACGACAAACUAUGGGACACAGAUCUGACCUGGAGCAACAGCACCUGGCCACAGUUUACCGAAUGUUUCCAGGACACCGUUCUCACCUGGGCUGCCUGUGGCUGGCUGUGGCUGUCCGCGCCCUUCUACGCCUACCAUCUCCUGUCCAUAGAGCGUAAGAACAGACGGCUGAGCGUGAUGUUUGGGUUGAAGCUGUUUUUCAGUUUAGCCAUUUUCGUCGUAAACAUUUUUGAGGUCUUUGACGGACUGCAGUCUCAUGCUUUCAUCAGCGCUAAUGUUUUGGCUCCAGUUACAUGGAUGGCAACAAUGGUUUUAAACUGCUGUUUUGUGUAUCUGGAAUGGACCAAGUAUAAAGUCAGGUCUCCUGUUUUGUUUCUCUUCUGGACUCUAACAGCAGUUGUUUCCCUUGUUCCAUUCUACACCUCCAUUAUUUUGAAGAAAUAUGACACAAAUACAUUACCCUUUGCUAUGGUGUGUACCAAAUUUGGAGUUCAUUGUUGUAUUUUAAUCCUGUAUGGUUUCGCUGACAACAUUGAAGAAAGGAACCAGGAUGACUCUCCUGAAAUCUCAGCAUCCCUUUUGUCGUGGUUGUCUCUAGGGUGGUAUGAUAGACUGGUUUGGAAAGGAUUUCGGUCUCAGCUGAAGAAUGAGGAUAUCUACAAUUUAAACCCACGGGACAAAGCCAAAAGGGCUUACAGGAAGCUGUUACAUGUAUGGGACAAUGAAACUGAAAAGUCAUCAAACAUCCGGAGUAGAAGAACAAAGUAUAAAUUAUCACAAGACUGGGAAAAUGAAAUUCCAUUGUUGCCAGUUGACCAUGUGAAGAAUGCUGAGGAUAGACAUGUUGAGGAAACUCAGUCCUUUGAUUCUGAUGAGCAGUAUGGUUUUUCUAAAGUUAUGUUCAAGGGAAACAACAAAGAAAUCCCAGAACCAACUGAUUUAGAUGGCACCGAUAGUAAAGAUGCGAAGCUGCAGAGGGAAAUAGACAGUAAGAACAGGGCCGUGCCUCGGCUGUCUAUGUUAAAAAUCAUGCUGAAAUGCUAUUGGAUGGAAGCUGUUUCUUGUCAGUGGGGGAUAAUGAUGUUUGUGGUUACACAUAUUAUCAGCCCUAUCCUGUUAGGGUGGCUGAUAGACUUCACCAAGGACACAUCAGAGCAAGUCUGGCAUGGCUACAUCUAUGCACUGGCCUUCAUCUUAGCUAGAAUAAUGAACAAUGUCUUUGGGGUUUUGGCCAAGUGGCUGAACUUGUGUUUUGCUGCUCGCGUCAGAAGUGCUGGGAUAGCCACUGUCUUAAGAAAGGCUUUGACAAUGAGUAACGAGGCUCGCAAAGAAUCAACAGUUGGUGAAAUUGUCAACCUGAUGUCAGUAGACAUGGGACACAUUGAGAAAACACUGGGAUAUUCCUUCUGGUCUUGGCUGUGUGUUGCCUUUUUUGUCAUGGGAAUCUACUUGCUCUAUCAAGUUAUUGGUGUUUCUCUUCUGGCUGGCCUAGGCUUCAUAUUUCUAAUGUUUGCUGCUAACUUGUGGGUAAUGCAAAAAAUGAGGAGCUACCAUGAGCAGAUGAUGAGGAUUAAGGAUGAGAGGAUUAAAGUAACAAAUGAGGUUUUAAAUGGCAUCAAGGUUAUUAAACUAUAUGGCUGGGAGCCAAUGUUUAUGAAAAAAAUCCUGGAUAUUCGAGAUGAUGAGCUGAAAAUUUUGAGGAAAUACUCCAUAUUAUCUGGUGUUCAAACAUUUGCAUGGCAUGUUUCUAUGGUCUGGUCUAGCUAUUUAAUGCUGGUGACCUAUGUGUUGAUCUCUGAUAAUCACUACCUGGAUGCCAGCACUGCAUUCAUGAGCAUCAACUACGGAAAUGUUAUCAAACUGGCUGUUAAUAUGUUGCCUAUGCUAAUGAAGGAUGUUGUAAAGUGCAAGAAUUCAUUAAAACGGUUAAACAAGUUGAUAAACUCAGAUGAUAUAAAUAUGGUGAACAUGAUCAGAAACAAACAUGACUCAAUGUCAGUAAGGAUUGAAGAUGCAGAUUUUGCAUGGGAAAAAUCUGGACCUCAAAUUCUUAAAAGCAUCAAUUUGUGUGUCCCGCCUGGACAAAUGGUAGCUGUUGUUGGAGCUGUGGGUUCUGGAAAAUCUUCACUGCUUUCAGCGAUGCUUGGUGAAAUGCACAAAAUAAAUGGCUAUUUUAACAUAAAUUCUUCAACAGCUUAUGUACCACAACUUGCAUGGAUCCAGAACAACACACUGAAGGAGAACAUCUUAUUUGGAAGGAAAUAUCAAUUUGACUUUUAUCAACAAACAAUCAAAGCAUGUGCUCUAGAGCCUGACCUUGACAUUUUGCCUGCCAGAGAUGGUACAGAAAUUGGAGAAAAGGGCAUAAAUUUAUCUGGAGGUCAGAAGCAGCGUGUGUCACUGGCCAGGGCGGUGUACAGUCAGGCUGACAUCUACUUACUGGAUGACCCUUUAAGUGCUGUGGACAGCCAUGUUGGCAAACACAUCUUUGAUCAUGUCUUAAGUAACGAAGGGCUGCUUGCUGGUAAGACAAGAAUUUUAGUGACCCAUGGGAUACACUGGCUGCCCAUGGUUGAUCACAUCAUUGUGAUGAAAGAUGGCACAAUUUCUGAGAGUGGAACGUAUGAAGAGUUACUCUCUCACAAUGGGGCUUUCGCCCAGUUCCUCACACAGUAUUUGACCAGAGCUGUGCAAGUAAAUCAUGUAGAUAGCACAACUGAUGACCUUUUUGAUGAAACAAUCAAAGCUGACAUCUUAAAAAGAUUAGCAUCAGUGGCAAGUGAUGCCAGCAACAUGUCUGAACAAGCUGAAGAAGAUUUAAAGAAUUUGGUAUCUGUUUACAGCAGCAAGCAUUCAUUGAAUGGAAGUGAGGGGUUGUUGAAUAAUGAAAAAAUUUCAACAAGUAAAGGUUCAUUAGCAUUGAAAUCAAAUGAAAAGCUUGGAGUACAAACUGAAAUAUUAAAAUCUGCUAAGGAUAAAGGCAACAAGUCGACAACAGAUAGGAGCAGACUGACAUCAGAUGAAAAAAUGCAACAGGGAAAGGUGAAUUGGUCAGUGUAUGGUCAGCUAAUGAAAAGUAUUGGAGUGUACAACUGCAUAACAUUCCUGACACUUUUCAUAAUUUACCAAAUUAUCUACAACUACUCCAAUGUCUGGCUAGCCAACUGGACUGAUGACGCUGGGCUGAACAAUUUUACAAUGAUGCCAGGGAACAGCACUAAUAGAGAAGAUAGAAAUAAUUAUUACAUUGGGGUCUAUGCUGGAUUAGCAAUAGCAAUGACAUUUUUUGAUGUUGGCUAUGCUGUGUUUUUUCAAUUGGGACAUAUCAGAGCAUCCAGAAACCUCCACUCUGAUUUGCUGUCUGGUAUCAUGCAUUCACCAAUGAGCUUCUUUGAUACAACUCCCAUUGGCCGUAUUUUAAAUCGCUUUAGCCAGGAUAUUGACAGCAUUGAUGAUAACAUCUUCAUUGAAAUUGAAACCUGCCUGGACAAUUUAUUAAGGUGUAUUGGAACUAUUAUUGUUAUGAGCUACACAAUGCCAAUUUUCCUGUCUGUUGUGGUACCCAUUGUUAUCAUUUUAAUUUUUAUACAGCAACUUUACAUGCGGACAUCCUGCCAGCUACGUCGUAUUUCUUCCAACAACAGAUCCCCUGUGUACUCACACUUCAGUGAGACUUUGUCUGGGGUCAGUGUCAUAAGGGCUUAUCAAGCCCAAGACAGGUUCAUUGCUGAGUCUCUGGAGAAAAUUGACUUGUUUCAGAAAGGGAAUAUAGCUUCAAAAACUUUAAACAAGUGGCUGGAGGCCCGACUCAAUAUGCUGAACUAUGUUGUGAUUGUGGCUACAGCCAUAUUUGCUGUCUACUACAGAGAAGACCUGUCUCCUGGGCUAGUUGGUCUGGCUGUCACAUAUGCAAUCAAAGUAUCUAGUGAUAUGAAUGUUCUUACAAUGGUUUUUGGGGACCUUGAGGGCCAUGUUGUUUCUGUGGAGAGAAUAGAUGAGUAUUCAUCCCUUCCAAGUGAGAAACCAUGGGACAAUCAAGAGAAGACUGCGGAAAUUGAUUGGCCAUCCAGUGGAAAAAUUCAGUUUGUAAACUACAGCACCCAGUACAGAGAUGAGCUUGAUUUGGUCCUCAAUGAUGUGAAUGUUACAUUUCAAGGUGGAGAGAAGAUAGGAGUUGUAGGUAGAACAGGGGCUGGGAAAUCAUCAAUGGUGCUGUCCCUGUUUCGUCUCAUUGAAGCUACUUCAGGACAAAUAAUAAUAGAUGGAGUGGACAUUGCCAAUAUUGGACUUCACACACUACGUAGACAGCUGACCAUUUUGCCUCAGGAUCCAGUUUUGUUUGCUGGCUCUUUACGAAUGAACCUUGACCCUUUUAAUGAAAAUUCUGAUGCUGAGAUCUGGAAAGCUUUGGAACAUUCCCAUCUAAAAUGUUUUGUUGAAGAACUACCUAGUAAGCUGGAACAUAAUGUUGGGGAGGGAGGACAUAGCUUGAGCAUGGGUCAGCGCCAGCUUAUCUGUCUAGCAAGAACUCUUCUGAGAAAAUCCAAGAUUUUUAUUUUGGAUGAAGCCACAGCAUCUGUUGACAUGGAAACAGAUGAUUUAAUCCAGAAAAGUAUCAGGGAAAGCUUCAAGGAUUGCACAGUGAUUACAAUAGCCCAUAGGCUAAACACAGUCAUGGACUAUGACAGGAUUCUAGUGCUUGAUAAUGGGCAGAUAGUAGAAUUUGAUACACCUAAAAAUCUGUUAGAAAGGCAAGAUUCAAUGUUUUAUUCUCUGGCUUCACAAGCUGGGCUUGUAUAAAAAAAAGAACAAAGGUUGGAACUCUUCCUUUUACUUAAAAGUUUUGAUUUAUAUAUAAUUUACAAAGAUU